GGGAGGGGAGGCGUUUCGGGAGGCAUUCAGGAAGGCUGACGGUCUUUUUUUACUUAAAAACGAAACGAAACAAAAAAAACGUUUUAAGUGCACAGCGUUCUAGUUCAGCAUCUGUGUACACAAGAGCGUGAUCACCACCACAAGCCUAGUUCCCAUCCAUUCCCCUACAGUUAACCCUCUUCACCGAUUUCGCCCACCCUUCUGGAAGCUGAAGGUCUUAGAGUCUCGGAGCUGAUUGGCUGAUCCUGACCGUCUACGCCUCCCGGGUUUUCCGGAAUUCGGGUUGAACUCAGGAGACUUGAGUAUGGCUUCUCUUAGUCAGCCCUUGCGCGAGCUACUGGGACCUCUGCUCCCACCCAAGGACGUGGUGGAGGCGGAAGAUGAUUAUCUGCCGGAGGAUGUGGAGGAGGAUGAAGACGCUGUGUUUGUGGACGCCGAGGAGCUCUGCAGUGGGGCCAUAAAGGCUGGCAGCCUCCCCGGGCGGCUCCGCGUUUCAAUUUUUGAUGAAAACACUAAAGAGCCAUGUAAAGUAUUUGGACGUUUUCCGCUAACGGGUGCUUGGUGGCGAGUGAAGGUUCAGGUGACACCUGUAGGAUCAAGGAGCUAUCAGGUUCAAGGAUUUCCGUCUUACUUUUUACAGUCUGACAUGUCACCGCCAAAUCAAAUACAGAUCUGUUCCCUCUUUCUUAAAGACUGUAAUGUACCCGCUGAUAACAGAAUUAAAUUUUUAGCAUGGGUAAAUGAUGGAUCAAGCCUUAAGGACCUCAAGUUUGAAAAUCUUAGGGAAAUAUUAAGAACUUUCCAGAAGGAAAUUGGAAUGAAUGGUCAAAAACAACCUACACAGAAAACACAGGAAGUGUCACCACCAGGUUACACGAUGCCCUUUCCUCUGGAAAACACACUGCCAUUUAUAACUGUAAUGAGAGCUUUGCGGUUUCCAAAAAUAGUGGAAUUCCUUCCAGUUCUUCUGCCUCGACACUUUAAACGGCUCAUAAGCUCAGAUUCUGAAGAGGUGUUGGAAAAGAUAGAAGAGAUUUUAGGUACACAGCCAUGGAAACUUGGAUUUCGUAAAAUAACCUACAGUGAACUGAAGAUUUUACGAUGUGAGGCAAGUUGGACAUCAUUUUGUCAGUGCAAAUCUCUUCUCCAGUUGAUGACUGAUUUGGAGAAGAAUGCUUUAGUAAUAUAUUCUCAGCUGAAGCAGUUGUGCAGAGAACAUGGGCACACGUGUAUUGAGGAAGUUGACCUAACUUCACAGUUGUCAGACUGGAUGUCUUUUCAUGAUGCUUGGCAGUCUCUGAAGUUCUUGAAGGAUAUUGGGGUGGUGACGUACGAGAAGGGCUGUGUCUUUCUCUAUGACCUUUACUGGGCCGAAAGAGGCAUUGCCUCUUCCAUAUGUGACCUGAUGACAAGGCCACCGUGGCAUUUAAAUGUCGACGUCAAGAAGGUGCUUACAUCUAUUCACACCACAAGAUCCGAGAAUUUGGAAAGUGAUGAUACACUGAAUGAAGGUAAAUCUGAUGAAACAGGAUUAGAAGAUUUGGUGGACAUUCUGGACACACAGGACAUUGGUGACCUUAUUUGGGAUAAUGGUGAAAAGGAAGUUGGUGCAGAAAUAAGUGAAGGUCAACUGGAUCAGGGUCAGGUGGCUGCUCUGGAGAUGAUUUGCACCAAUGCUGUGACAGUCAUAAGUGGGAAAGGUGGUUGUGGGAAGACCACAAUUGUUAGCCAGCUUUUUAAGCAUAUAGAGCUGUUGGAAGAAACAGAAGUGAAAAAAGCUUGUGAAGAUUUUGAACAAGACCAGGAUGCACCAGAAGAAUGGACUACCUUCAUUGAGCAAAGUCAGCCGAAGGCGGACAAGGCUAUAGAAGUUUUACUUACAGCACCUACAGGGAAAGCAGCUGGCUUACUGAGACAGAAAACUGGUUUUAACGCUUAUACACUAUGCCAGGUCAAUUAUAGCUUCUAUUUAUGGAAGAAAAAGACAACCAAGGAUAAGCCAUGGAAAUUUUCUUUGGUUAGAGUUCUGGUUGUGGAUGAAGGAAGUUUGGUGUCUGUAGGAAUCUUCAAGUCGGUUUUAAAUUUAUUGUGUGAGCACUCCAAGCUUUCAAAGCUUAUCAUCCUCGGUGAUAUUAGACAGUUACCCAGCAUUGAACCUGGUAACUUGCUGAAAGAUCUUUUUGAGACACUUAAGUCAAGGAAUUGUGCUAUUGAACUAAAGACCAACCAUAGAGCAGAAUCUGAACUAAUUGUGGACAAUGCUACAAGAAUCUCAAGACGCCAGUUUCCAACAUUUGAUGCAGAGCUGAAUAUCUCUGAUGAUGCAACGUUCCCUGCCUCAAUACAAGAUAAAUCAUUUGUUUUUGUCAGACUCCCAGAAGAAGAUUCCAGUUCUCAGUUCUCAAAAAGUGAUCAUCAAUCUUGUUUAUAUUCUGCGGUUAAAACUUUACUCAAAGAAGAGGACCUACAAGAUGCAAAAACAUCACAGUUUAUUGCUUUUAGAAGGAAGGACUGUAACGUGAUCAACGCCUGCUGUUGCGAGCACUACACCGGCCAUCUAAUCAAAGACCAUCAGAACAGAGUUGAAUUUGGAGUUGGCGAUAAAAUUUGUUGCACCAGGAAUGCAUACCUCUCAGAGCUACUCCCUGACAGUGCCUCCGACAGCCAGCAAGAGAGUGAGCUAAAGGCCAGUGGCGAAGACUUCAAUGGUGCUCUUUGUGGUUUUGCUAAAAAUAAGCAUGACUUUGAAAGUGGACUUCGGCUCUGCAAUGGAGAAAUAUUUUUCAUAACAGGGGAUAAAAUUGAUGUAACCUUUGGAAAGAAGAGAUUUUUGACCAUUAAUAAUAUGGCUGGCUUGGAAGUAACGGUGGAUUUUGGGAAACUAAUGCAAUAUUGUCACAUACAACAUGCAUGGGCAAGAACUAUUCACACUUUUCAGGGGUCCGAGGAGAAGACGGUGGUGUAUGUGGUUGGGAAGGCGGGCCGCCAGCACUGGCAGCACGUGUACACGGCGGUGACCAGGGGCCGCUGCCGAGUGUACGUCAUUGCAGAAGAGUCUCAGCUUCGGAGCGCAAUUAUGAGACACAGUGUUCCCAGAAAAACUCGUUUAAAGCAUUUUUUGCAAAACGAGCUUUCCGUGAGUGGUGCGUCUCCAGCAGAUUUUGUAUCCCCGCCAGAGAGCGCUGGAGACAGCAGGAGACCCAGCACACCGCCGCCAGCACCCCCGCUCCCUCCUAGCACGGCUGCCGUGGUGACCAGUGACGUCCCCAAAAGCGGGGCCUCUGCGGCUGACGACAGGGUGUUUACCCCUGCGGAAGGAUGGAAAUGCUCUUCACCCGAUGAAGUGGAUACAAAGGAGGAUCCAUCAAAACCGAGAGGGUCCAAAAGAUCAUGUUGCGCGCAUGACGCUGAGAGUCCGAACAAAAUGCUUAUGGUGGAAGAAUCAUCUCCACAAGUGUCUUCUAAAUUUCAGAAUUUGAGACUAAAUAAUUUAACCCCCAGGCAACUUUUCAAACCUACAAAUAAUCAAGAAAGUUAAUUUUAUUUCAGACUGCUCAAAAUAAUUGUUUUUUUUUUCCAUUCAACACAAAAUGAACAUCAUGGCUUCAAAGGAUCAAGAGAAAAGAGGGUGUCUUUUAACUGGAGUUUUAAGGCGUUUGUGUUAGCAGGUGUUUUCAGUUAAUUUCAUCAAAACCGUAAUUUCAACAUCUGUCAUCAUGAGAACUGUUAACACUGGUCAUAUGUAUGAGGGAACAAUGUUAUAUAUUUUUAAAACUCUGUACUUUAUAAAGUGUUUUAUUUUUAAAACAAUGCCUUAUUAACUUCCAUCAUUGUCGGUGAUCUUUGCUAAUGCGUUGAAGCAAUGGUAAAGAUAAAAUCUAAUUGUUUCUCCAAUUGACACACAUUCUAGGACAUUGUGUCUUCUGCAAAGUGGCACCUCACAAGGCUGCCACUUGCUCUAUCACUGCUGCCUGAGCCCAUUGCACCUGGUACGUUUUCUUGGAAAUUCCUUCUGAGCUGGAAGCACACUGUGUUUUGUUUUUGUUUUGUUUUCUUAAUUUGAGAUAUUCCUGGCAUUACUGUUGUAUAAGUGUACGAUGUGCAUCCUUUGAUUCAGUACUGCUGUACU